AUGGGUAGCGGUAGAUGCUACGAAUUUACACUUGCAAGUGUGAAUAACUCAAUCGUACAGAAUUCACCGAUAAUCACAUUUUUUUUUUCAGCCACCAAGAAACCAUUAUCGCCGUUCGCCAAAUUUCGUCAACUCGAUCGGCAAUAUAGUUCUUCUUUGCCGUCAAGUCCCAUAAAGUCGCCAGAAAAGGAGUUUCGUUUUAGAUUUACCGAACCUACUGUGACAAAUAAUGCGGUACAGAUAAAGGAACGAUUGUUAUCUUGGUGUCGUUCCAAAACUAAGGAAUAUGAGAAUAUACAACUUGACAAUUUCUCGACAAGUUGGAACAAUGGUUUGGCAUUUUGCGCUCUGAUUCAUCAUUUUAGACCUGACGCCUUUGAUUAUCAUUCGUUACGUCCACAGGACCGCAGAAAGAACUUUGAUCUGGCAUUCAAAACGGCUGAUGAAGCCGGUAUCGCACCAUUGCUCGAUGUUGAGGAUAUGGUAGUUAUGCGACGUCCAGAUUGGAAGUGCGUCUUCACUUACGUUCAGUCCUUUUAUCGGCGUUUCAAGGACGAGGAUUGAACGAAAAAGGCUUUAAGAUAUAUAUAUAUAUAUAGAUAUUUUUUUCACUAUAAAUCUUUGGCUCCUAGCAGACCUCGCAAGUUAAAUAAUUUACAUAACGUAAUACUUUACGAGUCACUAAGAGAUAAAACAUAAUUAACAAUUAGAUCUCGUUACAAGAAAAAUUAGUAAUUUAUUUUGUUUUGUUAAUUUCUUAUUUUUUCAAUGAACUUUUUCAUUGUAAUGUUUCACAAAUUUUCACAUAGAUCUAUGAAUUAUUUUACAUAAAAGUGUAACCAUCGUGCUAAAGUAUAAAGACACGUUGUUACAUACUCUUCUACUAUUGACUAUUAUCAAUAGAAAAACGUUUUUAAAUAAUUAUAAUUUUUUUUUUUUUUUUUUUAAUUAAAAAGAUAUAAUUGUUACUAAAUAAAUUUAUAGAAACUAUCUUUUAAAGUUUCAUAUGAGUCGUUACAAACGUUUCAUUAUUUUUGUGUAAGUAAGAAAAUUAUUAACUAUAUAAUCACGUGCGACUCAAUGAAAAAGUUAUAUAUUUAUUUUAUUUCACAAUAUAAAAUUGACAAGGUUCUUUGUUAUAAAUAUAAUAUAUACAGAGAGAUGAAAAAUUAGUACAGUUGGGCAACAUAAACGAUGUAGGUAAGAAUGGCGUAAGUUGUGCUUCUUUAAAUUAUUUAGAAGAUAAUGAAAAUUAUUAUAGCUGUUAUAACUAUUAAACUCUAAACAUAAAGUAUAUAUAAAUUUAUUUAGUCUUAAAUCUCUGUUUAAGCUUUCUUCCAAUAUGGAGAUAAUGUAUAAAACUGAUAUUUUUAUUGCUCUUAAAAAUCUAAUAUAAAAUUAAAGAGCACUAUCUUCCAAAGAAUUGUGUAUGUCAUUUCUAUCAUCCUCAAUCAUUUCCUGUAAAUAAAAAAUUAUGAUAAGAGCCAAUCAUUAA